AUGAUUAUUUGUAAAAAGAGAAAGGAGGACAAGGGAAGAAAAGAAAGGGAUAAACCCAUAAUGAAUAUAGAAGCUGAACUUUUAAAAGUACUGCAGAAGUUAAAAAGAAAAAAAAUAAGGCCUGCUCAUGAAAAAGAAAAAAUUUUUGAUUCUAAUAUCAUAGAGCAAUAUGAUGACAGUGUUUCUGAUGACGUAUGCUCAAUUAAGGAUGUAAUAAGCUGUGCAAAUGGAGCAGAAAAGGAAUAUGACGACGAUAUUGAUGAUGAUGAUAAGAUGAGAAAAUACAAAGAUGUUUAUAAUAAUUUUGAAAAUAAUGUAAAUUACUACUUGAAUGAAAAUAUUGAACGAAUAAUAUACUCCUCUGUUAGUAGUAAAAAUGAUAAAUCCUUUUUUACCGAAACGGAUGAAGAAACGUGCAUUAAACCGUUAGACAUUAUAUAUCAUCAAUUAAGAUAUGGUAAUUUACAGGGUGAAAAAUUAAGGCGUUAUGAAAACAGCAUGAGAUAUUUUAAACCAUUAUUUCUCGAUGAGGACGAUGAUUUUUCAGAUUCUUCCAUAAGUUCGAAUGAUAAGCAAAAAAAUGGAAGAUCGUGUUUAAAGGACAUAACUAAAAGAGAGAAGCGAUAG